AUGGCGGAAAAACAGGGCGAAAACUCAAAUGAUGGCGACCACUCAGAUUUGGAUUACGAGCCUGAGGAGAAAAUGGCGACAAUGGCGGAAACUGGAACUCCAGAUCCAGCAUAUGUGUUGGAAACCAUGUUGAAAAGCGGCUUGGCGAAAAUCAUCCAGCAAAUAGUGGCUAAGGAGGCUGCCAAGGUGUUGCGGCAGGCUCGCGGUGGACACGGUCAAUCUGCGGUGGAGGAUGAAGCAGCAUCUAUGGUGGCGAAGCUGUUAAAAGGCAGUUUGGCAAGUAGCAUACAGCAGAUUGUGGCGGCCGAAAUAGCAAAGACGGCCAAACAAAAGGCGGCUGAUGGUACUGGCGGUACCAAAGCCAAGAAAGGCAAUAAAACAGGUUGCAUCGGAUUGAGGGCCAGAGCAACCGGCGAUCUCAUUAGACCCUUUGAACCUGAUAGCCAGGUGUGUAACGUGGUUAAAUGGUUGCAUAAUAUUGACCAACUUGGCGAUAUCGAUGGCUGGACAAACUAUAAUAUGGCUCACUUUAUGCAGGCAAAAUUGCAAGGCGCUUCAAGAGGGUGGAUCAACCGGCUGGACAAAAUUUGCAAAUACGAGGUUUUGCACCAUUACUUUGAAAUUAUGGAUAAAUCUAAAUUGGGACAAACUUCCAGAGGCAGAUAUUUGGUAGAAUUGGCUGCUUUAAGUUUUCAGGCUUCUGAGGACUCUGAAGCUGUAGGUAAUGUGGCAAAUAAUACGCAGAGAAAGGAAGACUCGAGGGAAGACUUUCAAGAAAAAUGUCCAAGUGUUGUGAACCUAGAUGAAAUUCCAAUAAUUUUUUUGCCUGAAGAAAAUUAUUUAUUACAAAAUGAAAUUGCAGAGUUAGAGAAUCUUGGCAAUCCACCAGAGGCAAACAGACAUCAGUUCCUAGACAGUAAUUUAUAUCCAGAAAUAAAUGUAACAGAAAUUCAAAAUCAUAAUGAUGAUAUCGUAAAUACUGGCAACAAUGAGACCGCCACAGGCCAGGAAGUUAAUACCAAUGAAGCAGAAACAGAACAUUUCGAAAACAUGAUAGUUGAGGAAUAUUCCAGCUUUGCACAGGAAUAUAGUCCAAAUGAGGAAGUCAAUUUAUUGGAAAGAACUUCGUCAGGCUCGGAAAUGUCAGAUAGCAGCUUAAUAGAUCCAGAUUUCGUUGAAACAUCCGAGAGCUCUAGUUCAGAAAACGCCGAUAAUAAUGUAGAAAAAGGAGAAAUAGAAGAAGGAGAAAUGGAAGAAAAAGAAGAUGAACAAAAUAGGACAUUUAAACGAAAAUUACCUCAAACAAGAAGAGCCAGAGAUCAAAACAAAAGAUCUAGAAUGCAUGGCGAAGAGUAUUUAGGCUUGAAGAAAGAUGAUGAUGGACACUUUAAAUUAAUGGCUAGGAAAAGUGAACGUUCUUUGAAACCUGGAUGUAACUCUCCGAAAUGCAGAACUUCGAAAACCAUAUUUUGUAAUGAAUUUACAGAAGAUGAAAGAAAACAAAUUUUUAAAUUAUUCUGGGAGCUGACAUGGGAUAUGAAGAAAACUUUUUUAAGUCCAAUGGUCGAUGUAAUCCCCAGCAGACGGAAAGUAGAAGGAUCUAGAAGGAGCGGCACUCUUCAUUACUAUUUGAAAAAAGGAACAGAAAAAAAGAAGGUCUGCAAGAAGAUGUUUUUGUCAACAUUAAAUGUAGGAGAAUGGAUGGUGAGUAAGUACGCGAAAAAAGAUAAGGGAAUUAAUCUGCCUGCAGAAAGUAUACAAACACCUGGUAGGAACAGAAAAAGUACAGAUGGUACAAGACAGGUUUUGAGAAAGUUUCUUUCAGAUAUCCCCAAAAUGGAAUCGCAUUAUUGUCGUGCUAGUACAAAUAAGUUAUAUUUGGAGCCAAUUUUCAAAAGUAAAGCGGAAUUCUACAGGGAAUAUAAAAACUACUGCCUAAGUAGUCAGAAAGGUUUUCUUUCUAAAACAGUGUUCAUUGAAGAAAUGGAGAGAGCCAAUAUGAAAAUCUAUAAGCCAAGAAAGGACCAAUGCGAUUUGUGUAUUUCCCAUCAGUUAAAAAAUAUUUCAGAUGAGGAAUAUUUAAAGCACCAGGAAAAAAAAGAACAGGCAAGAAUUUCGAAAAAUGAAGAUAAAGACAAAGCCAUCAGUAACCCCAAAGAUAUAGCUGCUUUUUGUGUAGAUGUACAAGCAGUGAAAUUACCUCCAGUUCUCCAAGCCAGGGCAAUUUAUUACAAAACGAAGCUUUGCGUUCAUAAUUAUACAAUUUACAACAUGGCAACUAAGGAUGUAAUUUGUUACCUUUGGGACGAAUCUCAAGGAGGACUGGAGGCUAAUAUUUUUUCCACUAUAUUGUCAGAAUUUUUCUCUAAUUAUCUCUUGGAAAAUAAUUCAACAAAAGAAUUCAUAAUCUAUAGCGAUGGAUGUGGUUAUCAAAAUAAAAAUGCCACACUUUCAAAUACUCUCCUCUAUUUCUCCCUAAAAAAUGAAGUUACUAUUACUCAUAAUUACCUUCAGAAGGGACACACUCAGAUGGAGGUUGACUCCGUCCAUAGUACGAUUGAAAGGCGGCUUAAAAAUCGUGAUAUUUACUUGCCUCACGACUACAUUGCAGUUUGUAAGGAAUCAAGAAGAGGACAGCCUUACAAUGUCAGAUACAUGAGCUACACGGACUUCAAGGAUUUCAAAAAUAUCCAGCUCUACCAAUCUAUCAGACCAGGUCGUAAGCCUGGAGAGCCUUUGGUCACUGAUGUGUGUUCUUAUAAAUACUCACCAACUGGAGAAAUAUUAUACAAAAUUAAUUAUCGAGAUAAUUAUGAAGCAUUACCAAAGAGAACGACUGCCAACAAUAAAAUACCUGUGCAUAUUCCAUUGUUAUACAAAUCUCAGCCAAAAAUUAAAAAAGAGAAAUAUGACCAUCUACAAAGUUUAAAAGUCGUUCUUGACAAAAAGUUUUGGGAUUUUUAUGAUAAUUUACCUCAUUGA